AUGCACACUCUGUCUUGUCUACUCAUCAUCAAUUUAUUGGUGCAUAGCUCAUUUGCUGGUGGUGGCGCUUAUGCAGUGGCUCCAGGAGGAAUCGGCGCACCCUACGCAGGUGCACCUGCCGCUUACGUAGCACCACCACCCCCGCCAACUUACGCAGUGGCUCCACCUCCCUACGUUGGUCCACCAGCGCCAUACGUGCCCCCACCACAGCCUUACGUCCCUCCACCUCCGCAGUAUGUAGCACCACAGCCUGCACCCUCACCACCACCAGCACCACCGAUCCCAGCUCCACCGCCACCGCCACCAGCACCUGCACCACCUCCUCCUGGAGGAGCCUAUGCCGGUGCUGGUGGAAUCCCAGGUGGAGGUGGCGGUGGCGGUGGAGGAGCUUAUGUGGGUGGAAUUCCGGGUGGAGGUGGUGGAGGAGCUUAUGUCGGCGGAAUCCCAGCUCCACCGCCACCGCCACCAGCGCCUGGACCGCCUGUUCCAUCAGUGCCAAGUUAUGGUGGAGGUGGUGGAGGAGGUUACGUAGGUGGAAUUCCGGCUCCGCCGCCACCUCCACCAGCUCCUGGACCACCUCCUCCAUCACAGCCAAGCUACGGCGGAGGUGGUGGAGGAGCUUAUGCCGGUCCUGGUGGAAUCCCAGGCGGAGGAGGUGGAGGAGCUUAUGCUGGUCCUGGUGGAAUCCCAGGCGGAGGUGGUGGAGGAGCUUAUGCCGGUCCUGGUGGAAUCCCAGGUGGAGGUGGUGGAGGAGCUUAUGCCGGUCCUGGUGGAAUCCCAGGCGGAGGUGGUGGGGGAGCUUAUGCUGGUGGAAUUCCAGCACCAUCGCCAUUACCACCCCCUGCUCCAUCACCUCCAAGUUAUGCUGGAGGCGGCGGGGGUGCUUUUACGGCGUCAAAUUUCGGCGCAACCCAGCAAGCAGCACCAAACUUCAGUGGGACAUCUUUUAAUGACAAUGCAUCAAGCACAUCGUCAUUCAACAGUGGAGGCAAUAGUAUUGAUGGAGAAGGAUCUAAUUCUAUGCAGCCAAUCAGAGCUUUUUCUAGUGGUCGCACAGAUUCGAGAGAUUUUCAACGAGCACGAAUGCACGAUCAUGAACAUUCAGCAGACUUACCUGUAAGUCCAUUGAAAGAAGGAGGUCUUGGUGAUGUGAACUAA